GCUGCCUCUCCCUACAGUUUCGGGAGAAUAUUCAAGACGUGUUACCUGCCCUGCCGAACUCAGAUGACUAUUUUCUCCUGCGCUGGCUCCGAGCACGAAAUUUCGACCUGCAGAAGUCAGAAGCCAUGCUCCGGAAGCACGUGGAGUUCCGGAAGCAAAAAGACAUUGACAAUAUUACUAGCUGGCAGCCUCCAGAGGUGAUCCAGCAGUACCUGGCAGGGGGCACGUGUGGCUAUGACCUGGAUGGCUGCCCAGUCUGGUAUGACAUCAUCGGCCCUCUGGACGCCAAAGGUCUGCUGCUCUCAGCUUCCAAGCAAGACCUGCUGAGGACCAAGAUGCGGGACUGUGAGCUGCUCCUGCAGGAGUGUGCCUGCCAGACCACGAAGCUGGGUAAGAAAAUAGAAACCAUCACCAUGAUUUAUGACUGCGAGGGGCUCGGCCUCAAACACCUCUGGAAACCCGCGGUGGAGGCCUAUGGCCAGUUUCUCUGCAUGUUUGAGGAAAAUUAUCCUGAAACACUCAAGCGUCUGUUUGUUGUUAAAGCCCCCAAGCUGUUUCCUGUGGCCUAUAACCUCAUCAAGCCCUUCCUGAGUGAGGACACGCGGAAGAAGAUUAUGGUCCUGGGAG